AUGCGCCCCCGCCCCUUCUCCCCUCCCUCCGCGUCGGCCCCCCCCCCCUCGAGCGAAGCGGCCCGAGACAUAAACAAACUCCGCGAGCGAGUCCGGCGCGGGAGCCUCUCCUUCCGCCUCCCUCACGCGACGCCCCGAACCGUUUGCCGAACCGCCGCCGCCGCCGGUUUCCCUCAGCCCCUCCGCCGUCCGUGAGGCGGCCUCCGUGGCCCCUCGCUCUCCGCACCCCUCGGGGCCGCCAUCUCUCUCUCUCUCGCUCCCGCCGAGACGGGGCCUCGUCGAAGGGGGACCCGGAGCCUUGCCUGUCCCCUUCCAGCCCCUCAGAGGAGGCUGCUGCCCGGCUUCAGCAAGACGCCCUCCGCGGUGGGUGGCGCCCAACGGUUUGCUUUUGGGGGUUCAAUUAUUAUUAUUAUUAUUAGGGGGUUCAAUUAUUAUUAUUAUUAGGGGGUAUUAUUAUUAUUAUUAGGGGGUUCAAUUAUUAUUAUUAUUAUUAUUAUUAGGGGGUUCAAUUAUUACUAUUAUUAUUAGGGGGUUCAAUUAUUAUUAUUAUUAGGGGGUUCAAUUAUUAUUAUUAUUAUUACGGGGUUCAAUUAUUAUUAUUAUUAUUAUUAUUAUUAUUAUUAUUAUUAUUAGGGGGUUCAAUUAUUAUUAUUAUUAUUAUUAUUAUUAUUAGGGGGUUCAACUGUUAUUAUUCAGGGAAGUUUUUAAUGUGUGACAUUUUUAUGUAUUUUUAAUCCCCGUUGGAAGCUGCCCAGGGUGGCCGGGGAAGCCCAGCCAGAUGGGCGAGGUACAAAUAAUAUAUUAUAUUAUUAAAAUUAUUAUUAUUAUUCAAACUGGGGGAAUGGGGGCGGCAUGCUGCCCUCUGGGGAGACUUUCUGCUGAAACGAAAGAGCGGGGAGAGGGGCUAAAGGUGUAAGCUCACCCCACAAUUUCUGAUCAUCGCCUUAGCUUUCAUUAAUGCGCUUUUUUAUUUUUACAGGGUCUUCUCCAAAAAGUAGGGGGAGGGGGGUUUACUGCUGGGCCGGUUAAUCUUGGGGUGUCUCUCAGUCACCCCUUUCUCGAAGGCAGAACCCAGAACUGGGCGGGAUAUAUGGCAUUUCAGGAGUGCCAUCCUUCACCCAGUGUCAACUCGUUUAUGUGGGGCAGAAUUAGAAAAUGGGUCCCCAAACAUGAGAACUUUAAAGGGCUUAGCUUUAGCUGGGGUCGUGCCCCUGUUGAUAUUGGAUAAAACUGCAGAAAGCUAUUGGCACUGGCAAGUGUGUGAAUGAUCUUUUUAAAUGACAUGUUUUGUUGAACCAGUUUCUGGUGGUAAGAAUGUGCAGUUUUCUGAGCUUUGCCAGGACUGUUCUUUAGGCAUAUAUAUAAAAAAGUAAUUUAUAAGUAAUUGUUUAACUGCAUGUCUUGCCAUGUUUACAGACACGUAAAGCAUACGUAUUCAUUUUCAUAUAUUUAUCGUUCUGAAAUUGUGCUUAUUUAAUCCAUUUUAUAGAGCAGUGUCUGCUCAGUGUUUGUACAUUAAUGGGACAUUCCCAGGCUACUGCAAAUAAGAUUGCAACCUAUUUAGCAUCACAGAAGGCAAUUUCAUCCGCUUUCUAAAACAUUUUGUCAAAACCUUGAUUCUCAUAAGUACACGCCUAAAAGCGGAAGAUGGAAAGUCUGUUUUAAGAAGAUCUCUGUACCUUUUGAAAAAACUUGCACCUUGUUCAGAAAACAUCUAUGUGGAAUAUUAGUGCUGUAGAUUUUGAUCCAUAGUUUCUUGUUAUUUGGGCCUUCUUGCAUGUGGAAGAAGAGACACCCUUAUAUUGAAUUCUUUAGAAUUCUUUAGAAAGCAGGGAAUAUGUCUCAUGCUUAUUCCUCUUGAUUUAAAGAUCUGUUAGUUCUGUCUUUGAACCUUGGAGCUUCCAAGCACAGUGGUGCAGCAAGAUCCACUAUAAACAUUUCAUCUGAUACUUUUUCACAGUUACACUUCCAUGAAAUUAUAUAGCUCUUUUUGUUCAAAACAUGUUCCUUGGAUGGGAACCAUAGUUCCACAGACUCCUAAACUUAAUCCUUAAAAGUACAUGAUACUUUGUUAGAAAAUCCUUGUUAAUCUUCUUCUGAAGACUAUGCUUGUGUGCCACUGUUUUCAAAAGAUCAAUGAGCUUCCCUUUUGCAAUCCUACAUAGGAAUGAAAUGACAGCUACAUUGUCAGUAAUAGUUCCUAUUGGUAACCUUUCUAUCAUCUGAAGUGUUUAAUAAACACAAAGUUUAGAGAGUGAAUAACAGUAUUGAUUUAUUUAUUUAGUUAGUUAGUUAGUUAUCUGUUUUCCAAAAAAAUCCUAUAGUAUUAAGUUAAUUUUUUUUGGCUUUAUUUUUAUCACCAUUCUUUAUAUUUUGGCACAGAAAGUAGGGGUAUAAAUUAGUCAUCCAAGACUGCUACAAGAAAUUCAACAAAAACUACCAAUUAAAAAUAUCUGAAGAAGUGUGCAUGCACACAAAAGCUUAUACCCAGAACUAACUUAGUAGGUCUCUAAGGUGCUACUGGACAAGACAAUUUUUAAAAUUUAUUUAUUUAUUUCAAUUAAAAAUAGUUAUUAAAGAAGUACUUUGGGGCUGCAAUUCCUCAUUCAUUAAAAGUAUUUCUGCUUUCUUGCAAAAAUUAUUACCCUGUCCCUUGAACAACUUAUUCAGGGUGUUGUCCAAAAAGGGGCCAGCUAUUUCUGGGCCUAUUAAUCUUGGGCAUGCUCUCACUCACCACAUUGAUUAAUGCACCUAGAGCUUAAUGGGAUAUGGUAUUCUAAGUUACAUAACUCUGCAAAAUGAAAAAAAAAAUCUUAUCAAACCUGAUUCAGAAAAAUGUGGUAGUUUUGUUUGUGAGGUCUUUUGGUUACUAUAUAAAACUCUGUAAUCCAUUUUUUAAAAAGUGAUUUAAUGUACCAGUCCUCCUAUAGUAAAAUGGUGGAUCUUUUUUCUUCCCCCACCCCAUCCUUAUAUUGCUGUUACUUAUCCAGGAAGCUUCUUGAAACAGCAGCUUGCCUCUAGACGCCUCCAAAGUUAAAAUGGCCUCUGCAGUUAUUAGUUCGGUUCCUACUACUGCAUCACGGUUUGCUCUUUUGCAAGUUGAUAGUGGCAGUGGAUCCGAUUCAGAAUCUGGAAAAGGAAGAAACAGUCGAAAUGGUGGAAAGUCCCAAGCUUCAGGCAGCAAGUCAACCACAAAUGAAAAGAAAAAAGAAAAGAGAAGAAAAAAGAAGGAACAGCAGCAGAGUGAAGCCAAUGAGGUGGUGUGACUGUUAUGUUUCAAUACUCAGUUGGGCCAGGUAUCCACAUGCAUGCAAAGGAAAAGUAAAAAAGUGAGGGAUCAAGAAUUACAGUGGUGCCCCGCAAGACGAAUGCCUCGCAAGACGAAAAACCCGCUAGACGAAAGGGCUUUCCGUUUUUCAAUGCGCUUCACAGGACGAAUUUCCCUAUGGGCUUGCUUCGCAAGACGAAAAUGUCUUGCGAGUCUUGAGAUUUUUCUCGCUCCCCCCCCCUUUUUCUAAGCCGCUAAGCCGCUAAACCUUUAAUAGCCGCUAAACCGCUAAUAGCGCUAAUCCGCUAAGCCGCUAAUAGGGUUGCUUCGCAAGACGAAAAAACCGCUAGACGAAGAGACUCACGGAACGGAUUAAUUUCGUCUUGCGAGGCACCACUGUAAGUAUUCUUGAGAUGUGGUGGAGAUUCCAGCAGGGGUUAGAAGUGGGAAAGUGUUUAUGAUCAGGUGAAUCCUAAACACUUUUCUUUCAAAACUAGAAUGGCAUCCUAAUCCAAAACGUUUAUCUUUGGAAGGAGAUGUUUCUGAAGAAAUCUGCCCUAAGGUAGGGCAGAUGUUCGAGUGCUUCUUUUCUUUAAUGUAGGUGUCUAGGUUCAUAGCAUAUAUUGGUGCAUAUGGUUCAGAUAGUUAAAAAAAAAAAAACUGUUUGUGGGUGACAAUGCCUAUAUACAAAUAUUAUUGAGUAGUAUUAAGUGUUAUUCAGUUUUCAAACAAAUACUAAAUUAGCAGUACUUCUAGAACAUACUAUGAAUUAUUUUGAACUUGGAAGACUUCCUCAAUUUUGCUUCCUAUCUUACUAUAUUGUAGCUACUCAUGAUAUUUGUAAUGCAUCUGUUGCUGUGGAAUUCAUGUCAGGUUAUAUCCAAUUGUGCUAGCAAAAGCACUUGAGGCAGGGCACCUGAUUUUCACUGAUUGCCCCUGAAGGUUAUGGGACCAUGUGGAACAGUGGGAUAUGGCACAGAGGACUGGAAUUGAUGGGAAGGGUUUGUGGCAAUGGGGCACCUCACUUUACCUUUAUCUUUCGAGCUUUACAUUAAGAGAAGCACUUCAGCUUACAUAAAGCCACCAUUGGCUACAACCCACCAUUAUUUAUAUUGUAAAAUACCAUACUUUUAUUCCUAUUUUCAGAGAAAACUAGUCUCCCAUAGUAUCAUAUCAUUCAAUAAUUCAGUAUAGUUCUGGUGGUAGGUGCAAUACAUAAAUGAAAAAGAGAUACAGACUCUGCAUUUGUGCUUACUAAUUACAAGGGGAAGGGAAAAGGUAGAGGGGGUCAGUUUGAGAAUGCUGGAAUGAUGUGGUGAAUUGUAUAUUUACACUUACAGUUUGGGCCCAGCUUAUCUUUCCUUGUUCCUCUGGCCAUUUGUCCACAGGGAACCUAACGUGUGUUUAUCGUUUUAACCAGUUUAGACCACCAACAUUAUUUGAGGGUUUCUUCUUAAUCAAAUCACCAGAAUAAUGUAAGGCACUUCAAAGCAAACCUACACUGAGGUUUCAGCUUGUCACAGUGUUUUAUACUUUAUAAAAAUAUUUAUUUAUGUUCAUUGUUUUUAUAGCUCAGAAAUCUCGCUUUUAAGAAAAUCCCUCAGAAAAGUUCCCAUGGAGCUUCUUUGUCUCAGCAUGAGCAAGCAUUAAAUAAUUCAGCCAGGAAAGAUUCUCAGGAAGAGAACUGGCAAGAGUGGAGACAAAGAGAUGAACAGGUAAUUCAUCAAAUAUGUUAUUUUAAAGUUUUAAGUGUUCAUGAUUAUUCAUUUUAACCACUGCACCUGCUUUGUAUGCAUUAGCAUUGGCAGGCAUUUGGGUCAGGUUUGAAAGAAAGCUCUAUUAAACACAAUAGGACUUAAUUCUGCAUAAACGUGCAAAUGAUCAGGAUAAUACUUUCAGCAAUCAUGAGCGUGUGUUCUGAGAAAAAAGUUAAGUUUAGUUCAUUGAGAUUUUUUCUCUAGUCAAGGUGCCAAAUAAUAUCAUUUGCUACCCACCCCUUCACCCUUUGGUUCCCGUUAGGUUACAACAAUUAAAACACAAUGUUAAAAGCUGUUUAAAACAACCAACAAUCAAAUAAGGUGGAUCCUAAAAAUAUACAUCUCUAGCAUCGAAAGAGGUGUGUCCUUGGCAAUUUCCAGAAGCUAUAUAAUGAAGAUGCUAAGUGUCCCUCUUUAGGGGAGGGAGUGACUGAUAAGUAACUGACAACGGGAUACUGAGAUAGAGGGUGGUGUAUGUUUGAAUAAAACCCUGCCACGUGGUACACUUUUCCAUCUUGUUUCUUCAGUUGACUUCUGAAAUGUUUGAAGCCGAUCUUGAAAAAGCUUUACUUCUCAGCAAACUGGAAUAUGAAGAACACAAAAAGGUAUUCCCUUAUCUAAGUAUGAUAAAAACACAAAUACAGUGGUACCUCCAGUUGCGGACAGGAUCUGUUCCGGCGCUCCGGUCAGAUCCUGAGGUUUCCGCAACUGGAGGGACCGCUUCUGCGCAUGCACGCAUGGUGGUAGACCACUUCUGCACAGGCGCACGCAGCAAAACCUGGGAAAAUACUUCCGGGUUUGCCGCAUUCGCAUUCUGAAGCAUACGCAACUGGAGGUGUGCGUAUCCAGAGGUACCACUUCUUAACAGUGCACUUUUUUGAGCCUAUGUUUUGCUAGAUUCAGUUGAGUUAAUAGCAGAUUAAGAAAAUAUUGCCUAUGGUAAUAGUAGUGGUGAAAACAGAAUUAUUUCUUACGAAGUUUCGUGUACAAUCCUGGUUGUGUGGUUUACUUGUUUAGAGAGCCGGUUGCAUAGACACAGGUUCAAAAUACUAAGCAAGAGACUAAAAUGCUUUAUAUUGUUUCAAAAUAUUUCUUUGUGUAACUUGUUUUCCCUUUGGCAGUGUUUAACCAUAAUGUUCUAUGAUUUAGACUCUCAAAUUAAAGACAGAUGUAUAAGGUGUUUUUUUUCUUUCCAGGAAUAUGAAACUGUUGAAAGUGCUUCUCCUCCAUCAAAAGCUGUGCACAAGAAAGAGAAAAGAAAAAAUCAGCAGGGAAAAGACAAACCUCUCACUGUGUCUUUAAAAGAUUUCCAGUCUGAUACUAACAUUGGUAAGUUUUGAGUGCUAAAUGUUUCAUAGAAUCAUUAGGUCUGCUAAAGAGUCACAAGAUGUGGACACCUGUCAGGUUAGGAAUUCGGAUUCAGACUUCACUUCCAUCGCCAACAGUGUGAGUGGGGGGACUUUUGCCAAUUCCCCCUUUGUACCCUCAGAUAUGUUCCAGAGUAUUGGGGGAUUAAUUGAAACAAUCUGAGAAGUGUUUGUGUCCUGGGGGUGGGUGGAGAAUUGGCAAAAUACGCUUCUUCCCCUUUGGUUAGUGAGAUCUCUUUGCUUAAUCAGAAGUCUCCCAUGGACAGAAUGCCUGUAGAAAGACCUAAAAUCUUAAUGAAACUUUGAACUGCUUUGAUCUUUUAUGUUUAAAUGCUGCUGAGAGAAGGAUAAUAAUAAUAAUAAUAAUAAUAAUAAUAAUAAUAAUAAUUUAUUUAUACCCCGCCCAUCUGGCUGGGCCUCCCCAGCCACUCUGGGCAGCUUCCAUAGAAACCAAAAAUACAGUAAAAUAUCACACGUUAAAAACUUCCCUGAACAGGGCUGCCUUCAGAUGUCUUCUGAAUGUCAGGUAGUUGUUUAUCGCUUUGACAUCUGAUGGGAGGGCGUUCACCAGGGCGGGCCCCACAACCGAGAAGGCCCUCUGCCUGGUUCCCUGUAACUUGCCUUCUCGCAGUGAGGGAACCACCAGAAGGCCCUCGGCGCUGGACCUCAGCGUCCGGGCAUAACGAUGGGGGUGGAGACGCUCCUUCACGUAUACUGGACCGAGGCCGUUUAGGGCUUUAAAGGUCAGCACCAAGGAUAUAGUAGAAUUAGCAUAGGUGGACUCUCUCCUUCUAUUCCCCAGAAAAGGUGGUCCAGCAGGACAGCUAAAGCAGUUUUAGUUUUAGCACCAGCCCCAAAACUACUUUGAAGGACCUCUAAACUGGUUUCAUCCCAGAAAACCAGGGGCCAUUUUGCAAAUCACACACUUCAUCACACUUUGUGGCAAAUUUGAUACUCAGUUGCAGUAGUUUAGUUUCAGGUGGGUCAAGUGGUGCUUUGUUACUAGAUUUAUAAAUCUGGCAAAACAGAAUACAAGGAAUUUAAAGUAUGAAUGGAAAUUUUAGCUUAAACUUAGAGAAUCUUAUUUAUAAUUUAGCAGAGUAUGGCACUGAAAUAUUCCUGGAUAAUCAGUUUUAGGGUUUUCAUUCACAAAUUAAAUUUAAUCUGUAAUUUACAUCUUUCAUGUUGUUUCAGAUCACCUUCCCAAAAAGCAGGAGGUAAGUACCUGAUCAAACAAAAAUAAUGCUUGAAGUAUCUAAUGAGGGAAUUCUUUAAAUGGCACCGUUAAUUUUUCCACUUUCUUGGCAAGCAUUAGUGCAUGCUCUGUUCUAAAUAAGUCACAUGAAAAUAUUGUUUCUGGUUCUGUUGGGGAGACUUAAGUGAACAGCAGGAACCUGGAUAUUGUGAAGAAAUUGUAUAUGAAAGAUUGUGCUAUUAAAUUAACAUUUCAGCACAAGUUUUUUAAAGAUUUUUCAGUGAAUAAUUUCUGUGGCUGCACCAAAUUUUUUGCGCUAUAUAUUUUUAACAAGCUCUUGAGCUCUUGAAAGUUCAAAAUGGUCCCUUGAGAAACCUAAUCAGUUCUUAUUAGCUGUCUCUCUUGCACCUAAUCUUUGGUUGUUUAGUUGCUAUAAUUUUUUGUUUCUAGCUUCUCUUUUGGCUUCUUUCUGAAUGACUAUGUGAUCUCAGCUAAUCAUGGUCCAGGUAGUGAAUGUGAUGACAUCAUAGUACGCAGUAGUCGGUCCAAGUGUACUACAUCACUUUGGGCAAAUUAAGCCUUGGCUUUACCCUCAAACUGAAUGAUGCAACGCUUUCUUGCUGUGCUGGGACGGCAAAGAAUGAAAGCAUUGUAGCAAGAUAAUAGUUACUUGGUUGUUUCUGAAAGACAUGAAUGUAUUCCAUGUCUUGCUGCAUUACAAGGCCAGCAAAUUUAGUACGUGAUUAAAAUAGUAUCUAAGCAUUAUUAAAAUAAUGCUAACUUUUUGCCUGAUGCAAUUACCAAGACCUAUUGUAGGGAUGGAGGGCAUUUAGAAAAAAAUAUAUUAUCGUAAUUUGCUUUAAAGCUGAAAUUUCAUAUUUAGAUUGGAAUUUCAUAUAUAAACCUUAGAGUAAUUACUUAUUGUUAAGUUGCUGAAUUCUUUUACUAGAGAUUAAUUAUAGUUUCUUGGCAGGAAUUGAGCUCUUCACAUACUGUCUUGCAUGAUGGUGAAUUCUUCAAUAGACUGGAAGAUGAUGUGCACAAAAUAAUUACUCGGGAGAAAAGAAGAGAGCAUAUCACAGAUAAUGGAAUGGAUAACAGUACAUCACGUGAUCCCACACAUGUAUGUUAAAUGUGUUAAAUUCCUGAAAGUAUACUGUACUGAUUAUAAUAGAGAAGGUGAAAUUGAGUAGCUGCUUAAAAGUGCAUAUAGGUAUGAACAGGCCACUAAAAUUCCUCCUGAGAAAUAUCUGACAAGGAAACUGUAACUUUAAGAACAGGUGCCUUAGUUUCUCCGUUUUACUCUUCCAUUUUUCAUUUUGUGUAGUGCCUUUGGCUUGUAAGCCUCUGGCACGGAUUGCCUUGUUUUUACUUUUUAUUCAUCUUUUUGGCUGAAGAGUCGAGUAAAAGUGGUUUAAAUAAUGUAUGCCACAGGGAUUGGUGUGUUUGUUCACCUACCCUAGGAGUGGAGAACAAGUGGCUCACCAGAUGUUCCUGAGCUGCAGCUCCCAUCAUCCCUGGCCAUUCAUUGCCCAUGCUUUCCAGGACUGAUAAUAGAUAAUAGAAUAGAAUUGGAAGGGACCCUGAAGCAUGACCUUCAGGGUCAAGGUCAUCUAGCCCAAUCCCCUGGAAUGCAAGAAUCGCAACUAAAGCAUCCAUGGCAGAUGGCCAUCCAACCUCUGUUUAAAAACCUCCCUUUCACAGUAGUCCAUUCCACCGUCAAACAGCUCUUAACAUCAAAGUUCUUCCUAAUAUUUAGUUGGACUCCCCUUUCUUGUAACUUGAAGCCAUUGGUUCAGAUCCUAUUCUCUGGAGCAGGAGAAAAGAAGCUUGCUCCAUCUUCCCUGUGAAAGCCCUUUAGAGAUUUGAAGAUGGCUAUCUCCUCACUAGGCUAAACAUGCCCAACUUCCUCAGCCAUUCUUUAUAAGGCUUGGUUUCCAGACCAUUGAUCAUUUUGGUCACUCUCCUCUGCGCACAUUCCAGCUUGUCAAUACCCUUCUUAAACUGUGGCACUAAGAACUAGACACACCAUUCCAGGUGUGGUCUGAACAAGGCAGAAUAGAGUGGGACUACGACUUUUCUUGAUCUGGACACGAUUCUUCUGUUGAUGCAGCCUAGAAUAGCAUUAGCUUUUCUCGCUGCUGCAUCACACUGUUGACUCAUGUUAAGCUUGUGAUCUACUAAGACCCUUAAAUCCUUUUCACAUGUAUUACUGGCAAGCCAGGUGUCCCCUGUGCAACUGGUUAUUCCUGCCUAAGUACGAUACGUUUGUCCCUAUUGAAAUUUAUUUUGUUAGUUUGGGCCCAGUUCUCCAAUCUGUUAAUGUCAUCUUGAAUCCUGAUUCUGUCUUCUGUAGCAUUGGUUACCCCUCCUAGUUUGGUGUCAUCUGCAGAUUUGAUGAACAUCCCCUCAAUUCCUAUGGCACCCCACUUCUCCCCCCACCCCAGAUGACAAGGAACCAUUAAUGAGUACCUUUGGGUUCAGUCAGUCAACCAGCUACAAAUCCACUUCACAUUUACCUCAUCCAGCCCACAUUUUACCAGUUUCUGCACAAGAAUAUCAUGGGGGACUUUAUCAAAAGUGUUACUGAAAUCAAGAUUUACUACAUCCACAGCAUCCCCCUGAUCCACUAAGCUUGUACAAUAACUUGGUCAAAAAAAAGAAAUUGGAUUUCAACAGGCAUUGCUUGUUUUGAGAAACCCAGGCUAGGUUUUAGUAAUCACAGCAUCCUUUUCUAAGUAUCUGUAGACUAUCUGUUUAAUUAUAUGUUUUAGGACCUUUCCUGGCAUCAGCAUCAAGCGGUUCAGUAGUUACAUGGGUCUUCUUUUCCCCCCUUUUUCAAGAUGGGGACAGGAUUUGCCUGCCUUCAGACUGCAGGGACCUCACCUGGGAGUUGGUUGUAGUUGACAACAUGUGUAGAACCACAGGUUCCCUAUACCUGCCCUACCUGAACUCUGGACAGGUCACCUUUUAAAGCUGCUCCGAAUUUCAGGGGCAGCUUACCCUCUGGGUAAUGACUGAAAAUUCUUUGUAGUGAAAUAAUUUUUGUAAUAGCUUCCUGAAUGAGGAAACAUUUUGGACUAAUAAUUAGUGUUAUAUAUCAGUUUCCAUAGACUAUGUGACCAUAGAGUAAGUUCCAUUCUAUUUUUGAAAUACUAAAAGUUUAAAUUGCUGGCAUUUUAAAGCAUACCUAUGUUCAUUUGGGGACGCGGGUGGCGCUGUGGGUAAAACCUCAGUGCCUAGGACUUGCCGAUCGUAUGGUCGGCGGUUCGAAUCCCCGCGGCGGGGAGAGCUCCUGUCUUUCGGUCCCAGCUCCUGCCCACCUAGCAGUUCGAAAGCACCCCUAAGUGCAAGUAGAUAAAUAGGUAUCGCUUUAUAGUGGGAAGGUAAACGGCGUUUCCGUGUGCUGCGCUGGUGCUGGCUCGCCAGAGCAGCUUUGUCACGCUGGCCACGUGACCCGGAAGUGUCUUUGGACAGCUCUGGCUCCUGGCCUCUUAAGUGAGAUGAGCGCACAACCCUAGAGUUGGACACGACUGGCCCGUACGGGCAGGGGUACCUUUACCCUUUACUUUUAUGUUCAUUUGUUACUUUUGAAAAUAUUUUGAAUGCUAGUUCACAUCUCCUCAACCUCGUUAAGGGUAUAAAAUUCAUUUUACAUUGUAUCUCUCUUUUUAAAAUCUGGAGGAUUUUGUAUUGAAAGACGGAAGAAUAGAGAGACUAAAGCUGGAACUUGAGAGGAAAGAUGCAGAAAUCCAGCAAUUAAAGAGUGUAAUCACUCAAUGGGAGGUAUGUAAUGGGUUUCUUUAUGCAGCAUUUAAUUUAAACAAAUGUUUAGAUUGAAAAUAUUUAUUGUAUUAGCCUUUUCAAAGCACUGCUUUUCAAAAUAAAAAUUACAUUUAAUCUAUAUUAGGAAGAGAGAUUGGCAUCUAGAUAAGGUUAUUAUUUGAGAAGUAAAUAAAAGAUUUUUACUUAGUAAAAUAAGCCUGCUGUAAGGAGAGAACUUAGUAAUUAUAGGGGUUUCUACCACAUGAGAGAGUUGGACAUGUUGCAUUAAAAGUCCACAUUUAUAAAUAAUUAACUACUUGUCAACAGUUUGUUAAUGUUCAGAAGAAUUUGGUUCAGUGGGGGGGUGGGGAAUAACCACAGACUUGGUAUGUGUUUACUAGAAUCUUAAGAGUUGGAAGGGACCAAAGGGUCAUCUAGUCCAACCCCCUGCAAUGCAGGAAUAUCAACUAAAGCAUCCAUUGACAGAUGGCCAUCCACCCUCUACUUAAAAACCUCCAAGGAAGGAGAGUCCACCACCUCUCAUGGGAGUCUGUUCCACUGCUGAACAGCUCUUACUGGUCAGAAAGUUUUUAAGAACGUUUAGUCGGAAUCUCCUUUCUUGUAACUCAUUAGAUAUUUUUAUUGCAUUUAUGAAUGUUGCCAAGAGUAAUUAUUUUUAGCACAUUACCCACCUCAUCUGUUUAAUUGUCAGUAGGGAUCAAGGAAGAUUAAUUGAUCUUUGAAGGCAACAGUCAACCUUAUAUAAAUGGGGCAAUUUUGUGAAUUUCCAGCUCAAAAAUAUAUUUCUCUUUUUCUCUGCCAUCCUCUCCUCUGAUUCUUGAAGCUCACCCACACAUACACUUUUAUCAGAAAUGGAAUUUGGGGGAUCUUGAGUGUACUUGUGUUAUUAUAUUUUCCUUUUGUCCCAUUGAUUAGAGAUUGAUUUUGAAAUGUUAAGGCACCAAUUCUAAAUACACUUACUGGGCAGUAAGUUUCAGUGAACACAGACAUGGAUAAGAUUGCACUGUACAACUAAUACUCUAAUGUCCAUAUUGUUUAAAUAUGCUAUUUGCAUUAAUUGAACUUUUAAAACGUUUAGGCAAAGUAUAAGGAGGUGAAAGCACGAAAUGCACAGCUGUUGAAAAUGCUGCAGGAAGGAGAGAGUAAGUAGUGCUUUGUUUGUUAAAUAUUAAAAUUAUUUUACAAACCUAUGUUCCUUAAAUCUAUCUGCAAAUUGUUUGGACAGUGCUAAGACAAAUAGGCUUGUUCCGUUUUUAUUUCAUAGCAGCCCUAUGCAAUCUGUGACCCUGCAUGGCUGAAUGCAGCCCAUCAGACAUGUUUCAUGGUGCUUGAAAAAUGUACCUCUAACUAUUCUCAACAUCUUUAAAAAUAGGAAGUCUAAUCUUUUUUGUUUUGUUUUAAAACUUUAGUGAAAGAUAAAGCCGAAAUACUGCUUCAGGUCGAUGAAUCUCAGAGUAUUAAGAAUGAGCUGACUUUACAGGUAAACAUUUCUGUAAUAUAUUUUAAAAAGCAUAUUAAAUCAAAAUAUCAGAACAACUGGGUUGGAAGAACUAUGAGUAAUGUUAUGUUCAUGGAACAGGACCGUCCCUCUGCACCCAGAUUAGAUGGAUUAAUUUCAGUGAGUAAAAAUUAGUAAAAUGUAAUCCUGUCUUUUCUCUUUGCAACAGCAACUUUAUAUAGUUUCUAGUAAUUCUCAAAAUAUUGUGAACUUGCUGCCAGAAAUGGUACAUGUUGCCACAUUAUUUCCAGGGAAAGUUUCCAGGCAAGAAUUUUGAAACUCAGCUAAUAGGCAAAAUAGCACAUACUGAUUUUCUUUUUCAUUAGUGCUGUCAUAGGCAUGUUACUUUAUUAUCUUCAAAUGUCACUUUGUUAAGAGACAAGACAGUAGUUGUUGAGCUUUUAUUUUGUUUUUUAAGGUUACCAGCCUUCAUGCUGCUCUGGAGCAAGAACGAUCUAAAGUGAAGUUACUGCAAGCAGAGCUAACAAAAUAUCAGGUAACGUUACUAGCUACUUCAUAAGUAAACAGAAGCUCACAGGAGAAACUUUUCUUAUACCCAUCCCACCACUGCAGCCGCCUGUACUCCUAAAAAGCCUCUUCAGGAAGGUUGAGGUCUUGGAACACUGUCAGAGAGGCAGUGGGAGCUGCUAGAGGAAGGGGGACAAGAAACUUUUCCUUCAGUGAACUUACUUAGGAUUCAAGCCUGUUUGUUUAUGUUUACAUACCAAGUUUGUGUCCGUUUGCUCUAAAAAGGAGCUUUUAAAGCAGACUUUACAAAUAUUUCCUCUGGAUCCACUGUAUUCAGUGAAUCUCCUUUUCUGUCUUGUCGUUUAGUGAUCUGCACAAUUCCUCCAUCACCAUAAUUGUUUAUUACCCUGUUAUCUCUAAUUAGCAGUUUAUACACAAACACAGAUGAUACAUAUAUAGAUACACACACAAAAUUACCGUAUUGGCCCAAAUGUAAGACGCACCCGCAAAUAAGCCACACCUUUAAAAUUCAAGGCUAAUUUGCAGGUGCAGCCCGCCUGCUGGCACUACUGCCCUGAAUGGGGGGCAGCUGGCGCCCCACUCCCCAAGCCGGCGCUCAGUUUUGAGCGCGCUGCCCACCCACCUCACAACACAAUCGCUUCCCAGCACUACCUCCCCAAGCCGGUGCCAGGGGAGGCUUGGGAGCAGGGGGCGGGCUGCGUGUCAUUGCCCCAUGCUCCCGGGCUGCUUCCGGGGAGGAGGAGCCACUCUGCUUUGCCGGUGGCCUCCACCCCUUUCCCCUUCCUUACGGCGGCAGCUUUGGAGAUGCGGUUGGGACGGGCGCUGCUGUCCCACACCCCCGAUGGCCCUUGUGGGCAGCUGUUUCAGCAGUGAUAACGUAAGGUUGCAAAUAUAAGCCACACUUUAACUUUUCACAAUUGGAAUUUGGAAAAAAAGUGUGGCUUACAUUCGGGCCAAUACAGUAUCUAUGCUAUAUGAGGGAGGCAUCCAGACAGACAUGGGUCACUUCCACCCAGGACAGGCAGGGUCACAUAAUACAGCUAUGAAGACCAGGGCAGGCAGUUCUUAAUUCUCCUCUCACACACAUUCCUUUGUUUGUGUAUAUGUUGUACUUCAGUGUGCAAUAAACAGCUACUUGAGGAUACUAUAAGUCUCCCUAGUAUUAUGCUCAGGAUCCACAAGCGUAUUCACUUGUUUCAGCAACAAUGAGCAUCCGUCUAAAGAACGUGCUGCUUGUAGGUGAUGAAUCACACCUUGAGAAGGGAAAGGACAAGCGAUUUCUAUUCCUCCUGGAAAAAAAUAACCUGUGAAAAGGGAGAGAAUCCACCCAUUCUUUCAGGAGUGUUUCUCUCCCUUCCCAGAGGGCUCUUGUGGGAAGUGGCAGUAUUGAAGAGGCACAGUUAGUGCUUUCUGCAAAAGCCCUGUUUUGGGGGAAAUUUAGCAUUUUUUUGUUGAUACUUAGGUUUUCGUAACACAAGCUUUUUUCCUUCUCUGUUAUAGGCUGGAAGAAAAGGGAAAAGAAAUUCAGAGUCUGAUCAGUGCAGGUGA